AUGGAUAAUGUUGUUGUUGGGAAAGGGAAAAAGGGAGGUCUGCAUCUGCAAAAGGAGACGCGGCUGUGCACGAUUCGUUGCAAGAAUGGUGAAGAAAUCGUCAUAAGAGCAGGCGUUAAAGGAGGUUUGGCUGAGGUGAACGAUAGACUGGUUACCAAUCCGGAUCUUGUAAGAACUGCUCCGGAAAAUCAGGGUUACAUUGCUAUAAUCACAUACGGUGCAGGAAAAAGAACACCGGAUGAGUUCACUACAGUGCUGCCGUCGAAAGAAGUAAUUCUCAAAAACUAUGGAGAGAGCGCGUUAGAGGCAAAACUGGCUCAGACGUUGUAA